AUGGCUGACAUCACACUGUCCAGCGCGGUUCGCAAGAACCUGAAUUCACUCCAGUCAACUGCGGAACUUCUGUCCGAUGUCCAGAACAAACUGGCCACCGGCAAGAAGGUCAAUUCUGCCCUGGACAAUCCAAGCAACUUCUUCACCGCUUCCGGCCUCACGUCCCGGGCAAACGACCUCAGCACACUGCUCGACGACAUGGGCCAGUCGGUCCAGACCCUGAAGGCAGCCGACGAGGGAAUUGCCUCGAUCACGACACUGGCUGAAUCGGCGAAGGCGAUUGCAAACCAGGCUCUGCAGACGCAAAGCCAGUACGAGCGCAAGCAGUUUGCCGCCCAGUACAACGAACUGCUCACGCAGAUCGAGGACAUUUCCAAGGAUUCGUCCUACAAGGGCAAGAACCUGCUUGCAGGUACCGGCAACGACCUCACCACGAUCUUCAACGAAGAUUCCACGUCCAAACUGAACAUCUCGGCUGUCGAUUAUACCGACACAGCCCUGUCCACGGGCCUCAACCUGUCGGACCUGGCGGAAGGCGAAGGAUCUUCCACAUCGCUGCAGCUUCAGGGCGGCAAGACGACCAUCAACCUGACGGAUGGCACGUCCACCCUGAAAACAAACUCUACCCUGUCGGAUUCCAACGCGAUCUCCACGACGACAACCCUGUCCUUUGUCAAUGACACGGCAACAGCACCUGCUGCUCUUUCCGGCGCAAGUGACAUCACGGCAGGCGCGACCGUCCAGGAUCUGGUUGACGGCCUCAAUGCCAUAGCCGGUGUUCGUGCCGAGUUCGACAACAACACGGGUGAUCUGACUGUUUACAGUGAUGAGGACUUCCACAUCACGGACGGAUCCGUCACCGCAACACUUGGUUCGUUCAACUUCGACGCAAGCGCGUUGACGGCAACGACCCAGUUGCUGUCGGAAACAGGUUCGUUCUCGGUUGGUGACACGCUGACCCUGACCGACGGCAAUGGUUACGAACUCGGAUCGCUCGAGAUCGAAGCCGACACCACGGUUGCCGACCUGGAAUCCUUUGCUGACGAUUUCCAGGGCGUCUCCGCCGACUUCGACACAUCCUCCGGCAAGCUGUCCAUCACGUCGGAGACCGACCUGUCACUGACCAGUGACAACACUGACUUUGCCAGCGCGAACUUCGUUGCGGACACGGACGGCAUCACUCUGUCGGCAGUUUCCGACAGCGGAUUCGCCACUGACAGCGACAUCAACCGUGUGGUCGACAAGCUGAACACGGCCCUGAGUUCUCUCAGAACCCAGGCGUCCUCGUUCGGUACCAACCUGUCGAUCGUCGAAAACCGUCAGGACUUCACCAAGUCCCUGAUCGGCACGCUUGAGGAAGGUGCGGGCAAACUGACCCUUGCAGACACCAACGAGGAAGGUGCAAACCUUCUGGCGCUGCAGACCCGUCAGAGCCUCGCCUCCACGUCCCUGUCCUUUGCGGCUCAGGCAGACCAGAACGUUCUGCGGCUCUUCUAG